AGCACACUGAACAAUUGAUCACCUGCUCAACAGUUGCUCAGACUCUUCAUUGAAAACAACAGCAGAUUCUGAACAUCUCUGUGUGACAAGACACAACUAUGAGCAUUACUAUGAAAUUCCUUCCUGUGCUACUUCUACUUUGGGCUUUUCCUCCUUUAGAUGCAGCAGGCCGACUGAGAGAAUUCAUCAUACUAAAUGCAACGAAUCUCACUGCAGCUCGAAAUACGUGCCAAAGUGAAUUCACUGACCUUGUCACAGUUUAUGAUGAACAAGACAAUAUGGAACUAACUAAAAUACUCCGAGAUAAAAUACUCAACAAAACAUCCCCUAGCGCCUGGAUUGGUGCCUAUCAAAAUGAAACACACAUAACUGAGAAGUGGUCAAAUGGUGAUGAGGUCACAUUCAGAAGAAUAACAGGGAACUUGAGUCAAACAGGCUGUUUUACUAUGAAACAUGAUGGAUCAUGGGAUUUUCUAAUUUGCAAUACACCAAAAUACUUUAUGUGUUAUGUUCAAGUUGUCAGUCAAGCAUCACGCACCUAUGAGUUAAUCAAGGAUAACAAAAACUGGUCUGAUGCUCAGCGGUACUGCAGAGAGAAUUACACUGAUUUAGUCAGUAUCAGAGAUGAGACGGAGAAUAAUGAGGUUAAGGAAGCAGGAAAACAGAGUAACAUUCCUUUCUGGAUUGGCCUCUUUAGUGACAGUGUGGAAUGGUUUGAUGGAGGACAAUCUGCUUACAGAAAAUAUUCAGGGCCACAAAAUGGAAUUUUCACAUUCCUCUUCCAAAAUGAGAGUUGGAUGAAGAGUAACAGCAAUAAUAACUUCCGUCCCCUAUGCUACAAAAGCCAUAUUCAUGUCAGUCGCGAUGAAAGGUCCUGGGAGGAGGCUCUGGAUUACUGCAAUAACAAUCCGAAUACUUCUGGACUCCUGCGCAUCGAGUCGGAGGAUGAUCAGAUAGAAACGGAGCGAGAGCUGCGAAGAAGACGACGACGAGCUAUUUCUGGUCCAGUGUGGGUGGGGCUUAGACAGAGUCGACUCUUUGGGUUCUGGAUUUGGUCCAAUGGGCUUCAUGUGGGACCCUGGACCAACUGGAAAGGAGGAAGUCAACCAGAACAUCAGAUGUCCCACCACUGUGGUGCCAUAGAGAAGAUGAACGGUGAAUUCAAAUGGACUGAUAAAGACUGCAGAUCGAAAUUUACCGUUUUAUGUGAGGGGAAGUAAUGUAGUUAUACUAUAGCUACACUUGAUUUGAAUUUGUUUCUCAUGAAAAUCGAAAUGCUGAUUUAAAGGAUUCAAUUCAAAUGCUUAACAUUUGUUUUGUAGACAAGUGUACCGUACAACUGUUUUACUGCAUAUUUGGAUGCACGUCCACCUUAGAUGGUCCACCUGCUUCAUGAAUUUGUGUUAAUUCAUUAAAUAAUGGUAAAUGGUCUGCACUUA